AUGUCGACGUACCGAGGAGAGGCCGAGGAGGCAGCUGCACGGCAAAAAGAAACUGCAGAGGAGGCUCUUCGCCGUCAAGAGAUGGAGAACGAAGAGCGGAGGCGGCGAGCAGAGCAAAGGAGGAAAGAGAUCAAGGAGAAAGCAGAGCGCGCCAAGAAGGCGGCAGCUGCCGGGCUGCCGCCCUCUGCAGCGGCGGCGCUUGCUGCAGAGGCGGUCGCGAGGGAGGCGAAGCCACCCACUUCGCACGUCACGGUGGCCGUGCUUGGCCACCAGGGUGCUGGGAAGUCCAUGUUGGUGGGUGCGCUUCUGCUGGCCACGGCUGCGAUUAGCGAGCGCGACCUGGCAAAGCGCCGGAAGGAGGCGGAGCGGCUCAAAGAGAGUGAGUUGCAGCGUGAGGAUGGCUUGCGCACACCCAAGGGUGCCGAGCUGGCCUUGCUCGAUGUGCCGGGAGGCCGUCGCUCUUUGCCACAGGCUGUGGCUGCAUCUGCCGAGGCAGACGUGGCCAUGCUCGUGAUUUCUGCAAAGGGCCGGGAGCUGGAGGCGGCUCUCAAGGAGGCAGGAGGUGGUCCUUCCACGCUGGUGGAGCAGCUGAGGGCCGCGCGGGGCCUCGGCACGGCCGCCAAGGAGGGACGCCUGGUUGUCGCAGUAACGAAGAUGGAAGAAGUCAGCUGGGCAGAGGAUCGGUUCGACGAAGUCAUCUCUACCUUAACCUCUGUGCUGACGAACGCAGGUUUCAGCCAGGCCGCGACGGUGUUCGUUCCUGUGGACGGCCUUACAAACCAAGUGGAUGCCAAGAAGGCUCCUUGGCACACCGGCGCUUCUCUCCUCCAAUGCCUCGAUGACAUGGCCAGCUGUGCGCCACGGCCCGGAGCCCUGCAGGUUCUGGUCUUCGAGUCUACACCCGCUGCGAAGGGUACGAUCCGUGUGCGCGGCCGCGUGGAGCAAGGCACUCUGCGACCGGGAGAGCGCUGCCUCUUAACACCUGGCUCUGCUCCCUGCGCUGUAGAGGCCCUCCGCAUGGCUGCUUCUCGCAAUGUGGUACCUCUGGAGGAGGCGAAGAGCGGGCAGAAUGUGGAGCUGCAGCUUUCUGGCGGACCCUUCCCAGAUUGGCCGACAGUGGGAGGUGCCUCGACCAUUGGCUGGUGUGGCUCUGUCCUUGGCUCUACACAGUCGCCUGUGGAGGUUUCGGAUUCGGUGAAGGCCUACUUGGAAGUGUUGGAGCUGCCACGGCCCAUGACAGCCGGCUUCAAGGCCGUCUUGCAUGUGCAUGCUGCAACGGUGGACGCGGAGAUCGACCAGAUUCUGGACGCCACAGACUGGGCGACCGGAGUGACCACGGAAAGGCCAAAAAUUGUCAAGGCCGGGCAGCGGCUGACGGUGUUGCUGAAAUUCUCGCGACAGGUGCCUGUUUGCAGUGUCUCCGAUGCCCAAAGCAGCCGCUUGGGCCUUCUCAUGCUCCGCCUCGAGGAGACGACCGUGGCAGUAGGCCACGUUCUCGAGGUGAAAUGA